AUGCUCGCGGGAGUAACAUCAUUACUCUCCAUCUCCACCCUUGUACAAGCCAACGCGAUCCCGCGUGGUACCAACGACACCAUGACUACUAGUUCAAGCGCAUCAGGCUACAAGAACGUUGCUUACUUUGUCAAUUGGGCUAUUUAUGGUCGCAACUUCAAUCCUCAAGACCUUCCUGCACAAGAGCUCACUCAUGUUCUCUAUGCCUUUGCCGAUGUUCGGGAUACCGGCGAAGUCUUUUUGACAGAUGCCUGGUCUGACGUUGACAAGCAUUAUGCGACUGACUCGUGGAACGAUGUGGGUACCAACAUGUAUGGAUGCGCCAAGCAGUUGUAUCUUCAAAAGAAGAGCAACCCCAAGUUGAAGGUACUCCUAUCGAUCGGUGGCUGGACCUACUCUGCCCACUUCGCUCAGCCUGCGUCCACCCCCGAAGGUCGGGCCAAAUUCGCGAGCAGCGCCAUUCAGAUCUUACAGGAUGUUGGUUUCGAUGGCCUCGACAUCGAUUGGGAAUAUCCUACCAAUGAUGCGCAGGCAGAAGACAUGGUCCUACUUCUACAGGAGACUCGUCGCGCUCUUACCGAAUACUCUGAGAACCAUGCGCCUGGCCAGAAAUUACUCCUCACAGUUGCUUCACCUGCAGGCCCCACCAAUUACAACAAAAUGAAGCUCAAGGCAAUGGAUCAGUAUCUUGACUUCUGGAACUUGAUGGCCUACGACUACGCCGGAUCCUGGGACGCCAACGCUGGCCACCAGGCCAACGUGAACCCAUCCUCUUCCAAUCCCACCAGCACCCCCUUUAGUACGAAGAAGGCAGUUGACGACUACAUCGCGGCGGGUAUUAACCCUAACAACAUCAUCCUCGGCAUGCCCCUGUACGGCCGCUCUUUCGAAAACACCGAUGGGCCCGGGAAGCCCUUCUCAGGCAUCGGCCCCGGUACAUGGGAAAAUGGCGUAUUCGACUACAGCAAGCUUCCCGUUGCUGGUUGUCAAGAAAAUUACGACGACAGCGUUAUUGCUAGCUGGUGCUAUGACCCAGCCAAAAGGUUCAUGGUCAGCUACGACACACCUCAAGUCAUCGCCAAGAAGACUGCGUACAUCCGAGAGAGAGGACUGGGUGGUGGUAUGUGGUGGGAGAGUUCGAGCGAUAAGAAAGGUGACCAGAGUUUGAUCUCCACGUUUGUCAAGAACAUUGGCGGUAUUGGUGCCCUGGAUCAAACCAAGAAUCUGCUUAGCUACCCGGUGAGCAAGUAUGAGAAUCUGCGCGCUGGUAUGCCGAACAACUAG